CGGAAGAUCCUUUCGUCUUUAGACCUUGUGCAGCAGCGACUAUGGUUGCAUUUCUAAGGCGCCAACGGCCACGCCCUCGCGUAGCUAUCAAGCAGCACGGGAUACGUACGGAUGGAACAAGGAAGAAAAGGCAUGCGGACCGUGGUUCUGGAUCCCGUUGCAGCCCGCAUUAUUGUGGCCCGGGAAUACCUCUUGAAAACAAGAAUCUGCGAAAGCGAGCCAUCAUCUGGGAAGCUAUUCAAGAAGCUUCGCUUUCUUAUCAUAUCUGAUCAUCUUGCCAUUCCCUCAGCAGCCUCGUAAUCGAUCUUUCUUUUGUCUUACGAUAUAGACCGUCUAGAUGUUAAAACAAUGGUCGAUGGCAAGGAUGAGUCUGAAAAACCAGCACUGGCUAGGCGAAGCAUUAAAGUUGUGUUGAUCAUCCUUCUCAUCGUAAUCAGUGUGUUAGCUCUCGCCCUUGGAUUGGGAUUGGGGUUAGGACUCAAGAAGCAUCAUGCGCCUACGACAACAUCCACGCCGGCAACCUCAGGAUCAAACAAUACAGCGAAUUCCUACGCUUCUACGAACGUCCAGUCGUGGAGGUCGAGCACCUUAGAUUAUAAGCUUGACUUUGCUAAUUGGGAUCUGAACGCCGAGCCCACGGUGCGAAUUUACAAUCUGACCGUUUCAGAGGCGAACAUUGCACCAGAUGGAGUAAAUCGUACGGUUCUUACGAUCAACGGUCAGUUCCCUGGUCCGAUCAUCCGGUUGAAUAGAGGAGAUCGUCUUAUAGUCAAUGUCACCAAUGCGAUGUCCAAUGCGACUACAAUGCAUUGGCAUGGACUGUAUCAGAAUGGCACAAAUUGGUUUGACGGUCCCUCUGGUAUUACGCAAUGUCCGAUUCCACCUCAGCAGUCGCUAGUAUACAAUUUUACCAUUGAGAACCAGUACGGCACGUACUGGUAUCAUGCACACAAGGACACGCAGCUUGUGGACGGAAUCAGCGGUCCUCUUAUUGUUCAUGCACCCGAAGAGGCAGAAACCCAAAAGCUGUACGACUUUGACCAAGUCAUUAUGGUACAAGACUGGUAUCAUGAUUUGACUUCAGCUCUGUUAGGGCAAUAUCUGGCUCCUGGAAAUGAAAAUGCAGAGCCUGUACCUGACAAUGGACUUCUUCAGGGCACAAACUACUUCAAUUGCUCUUCCUACGAUGGAAGCAGUGGUUACACGUGUUCGAAUGAUUCGGCGCGUCCCGUAUUUGAGUUUGAGGCCAAUAAAAGAUAUCGUUUACGCUUCAUUUCUGCAGGCGCAUUCACAGCCUUUCAGAUAUCAGUCGACAAUCACACUUUGGACAUAAUUGAAGCAGAUGGGAUCGUCACGGAACCACUAGCUGUGCACAGAUUCGAGAUCGCAACAGCUCAACGCUACUCCGCGAUUCUGACAGCAAAUCAGAGUGCGUCCACGAAUUACUGGUUAAGGGCACAAAUGAACACGAAUUGCUACGCUGCUGAUAAUAGUGUUCUGGAUCCUUUGGUCCUCGGCUUGGUAACCUACAAGAAUAACACUGAAACACCCACCGCGUCGAUCGACUGGUCUGACGCUCUUGACGAAACGUGCGGAGAGCUCAAUUACACGCUGCUUGCGCCCGCCGUCAAAGAGCAAGCCCCUCCGGCCGACGUGGUUUUUGAGAUCCAAUUCUUCUUCGAGAUUGGAAGCCAGGCAUUGGAUCGCGCCAAUGUCAACGGCACGCAGUGGAUCCCAAGCCUGCAGAACCCUACGCUCAAUCAGGCCAUCGCCGGUCUGAAUUCCGCAAACAGAACCAAGUUCUCCACGGCCGGUGUCAGCGCAGGCUUCAGCAGCAACCAAUAUGUGAUCACGAUUCCUUCGUCGGCCAAGGUCGUGGAUCUCAUCGUGAUGAACUUCGACGACGGCUCGCAUCCCUUCCACCUUCACGGACAUCACUUCUGGGUCAUGCAUAAUGCCGACUACCUGUACUUCCCCUGGGACACGGAUCUGUACUCGCAACUGAAUGCGACCAGCACGAACAGUUUCAACGCAAACCCAAUUAGACGAGACACGAUCACGAUAGCUCCGUACGGCUUCGCUCUCAUUCGUUUUCUCAACAACGUUCCAGGGAUGUGGGCUCUUCAUUGCCACAACGCAUGGCAUCUUCAGGCGGGCUUGCUCAUGCAGUUCAUGGCCCAACCAGAUGUGAUGCAAGGUUGGACAUUGCCAGAUCCGGUCGCUCAGUUAUGUACAAAUUCGACCACUUAGAAGUAUGAUGAAGAUUUGAUAUUUAAAUUGAGAAGUCGUAAAGAAGAAGAAAAGUACUGUCAC